GGGUUCAAGAAAGGCAGUGCUGUUUUUCUUUGUAUCUUUUGUUUCAUGGCUCUUCAAGCAGCUUCUUUGCACUCAUCUUCUCUCUCAACCUACAAAGAGGCCAAAACCAAUGCCUGUCUCAAGGAGACCAGUCUUCUUUGGUGUUUCAGUGUCAACCCAUUUCAGAACCGAGUUCAUCUCUUCUCUAGUAGUAAGGCAGGAAACCAGCAAAAAUGAUGCAGCUGCCCUGACGAUUCAAGCUCAGACAGCUACUACAACUCCAGCUACUGAUAAGACUGCACCAGAAGGAAAGAAGACUUUGAGACAAGGAAAUGUUAUAGUAACGGGAGCUUCCUCUGGCCUGGGUCUGGCUACAGCAAAAGUUCUAUCUGAAACAGGCAAAUGGCACGUAAUCAUGGCUUGCAGGAAUUUCCUCAAGGCUGAGAAAGCUGCUAAAUCCGCUAUAGCAUGGCCAAGGAGAACUACACCAUCAUGCAUCUGGACCUUGCUUCACUUGAAAGUGUGAGGCAGUUUGUGGAUAAUUUCAGGUGCUCUGGUAGGCCUCUUGAUGUUCUGGUUUGCAAUGCUGCAGUUUACUUGCCCACUGCAAAGGAAGCCGUCUUAUACUGCUGAAGGAUUCGAGCUCAGUGUUGGGACAAACCAACUCGGUCACUUCCUCCUCUCACGCCUGCUGCUGGAUGACUUGAAGCAAUCAGAUUACCCAUCCAAACGCCUCAUAAUCGUUGGGUCCAUUACAGGAAACACAAAAACCUUGGCCGGAAAUGUGCCCCCAAAGGCAAACCUCGGGGAUCUAAGAGGCCUUGUCAAAGGCUUGAAUGGGGUGGAGAGUUCAGCCAUGAUAGAUGGGGGAGAGUUUGAUGGUGCCAAGGCUUAUAAAGACAGCAAAGUCUGUAACAUGUUGACAAUGCAAGAAUUCCACAGGCGCUACCAUGAUGAGACUGGAAUUACCUUUGCCUCUCUCUAUCCUGGAUGUAUCGCCACAACAGGUCUGUUUCGGGAGCACAUUCCCCUGUUUAGGCUGCUAUUUCCACCAUUUCAGAAGUACAUCACCAAAGGCUAUGUUUCAGAAGAGGAUGCUGGAAAAAGACUUGCACAGGUUGUGAGUGAUUCAGUCUAACAAAAUCAGGUGUUUAUUGGAGCUGGAACAAGAACUCAGAUUCAUUUGAAAACCAGCUUUCAAAAGAGGCGAGUGAUGCAGAGAAGGCACGCAAGCUGUGGGAGAUAAGUGAGAAGCUUGUUGGUUUGGUUUGAAUUAGCAAGAAUCUUGACCCUGUAAAUGGCAAUGAAGAAAAUCAUCAAUCAUAUGUAGAAAUUUGUGUUAUAGAAGAUACUAAGAUAUUCAAAUCCUCUCUCCCAGCCCUCUUAAUACAACCAGAAAAAGAAA